AUGUGGAACUGCCUCCAGGGGCAGUACCUAGCCUUUCCAUCGACAACUGAAGAAUGGAGACAGAUUGCAUCUGAAAUGGAAACAGGAUGGCAGUUUCCCAACUGCAUUGGGAGCAUCGAUGGCAAGCACAUUGUAAUUGAAUGUCCAGCCAAGUCUGGCUCGCAGAACUACAACUACAAGGGAACCUUCAGUGUAGUCCUCCUUACCGUCUGUGAUGAUCAGUACCGCUUCACCUAUGUUGACAUGGGGCACCUUGGCGGUGAAAGUGAUGCCGGGAUCUUUGCCCGUUCAAAGCUUCUGCAAGUGCUUGAAGGCAGUGACUUCGGCAUCCCGGGGCCAAGGAAUGUGGGGACAGCAGGGCCAAUACCACAUUGCAUUGUUGGAGACGAAGCCUUCCCUCUCAGGACGUUCUUGAUGCGGCCAUACUCAAGAAGAGCUGCAAGUGAACACCACCACAAAAUCUUCAACUAUCGCCUGUCACGAGCCAGACGCCUCAUCGAAAAUGCUUUUGGCAUCCUGGCCAACCGGUGGCGCAUACUCAGGAGGCCAUUUAAAGCGAAGCGAGAGAAUGUGGAGAGAAUCGUGAAAGCAUGUGUGGUGCUUCACAAUUUUGUUAUGAAGACAUCUUCAAUGUUCUACAAUCCCAUAGGGUACACCGACUACGAAGAUUCCUGUGGGAACCUGCAGAGUGGAGCGUGGAGGGCAGACGAUGGUCAGCAGCAGCAGUCCGAGACAGACUUGCCCUGUAUUUUGUGA